AAAAACAAAAAAAAAGGUCUUAAUGGAAUAAAGAGAAAACUAAAGGGAUUAUUUUGAUAUUUUGGUGAAUCGGUGCGCAAAAGGACAAUUGCAAAUAAGAUUUUGAUGCCAUUUCCAAUUCUGGCCAAACCAAAUGACUGUGAGCUUCGCCAAUUGCGAGCUGAUCGAGCCAGCGAUGAAACUUCUCACAAACCGAAUAUUAAAAAAAUAUAAAAUUCCAUUUUUCAAUCAUUCAAAGUUCACCAAUUUCAGGGUGUGAUUUUUCAUUCCAAAAUUCAAGUGGUUGCGUUUUGAUGUUUUGGUUGUAAAACUAUUGGACAUUACACGUGCUGGCUAAAGCUGCCCAAAUAGUAGGAUACUUAGAUUUGACAUUUCCAGAACAUGUACUGGAGUGGGGCUACAGCCACCCCAACUCGAGGUGGAUCACCCACUGAUAGUGGGGAUUCUGUUGUGACUUUGGAUCAAGUUCCACGGUGGAGUGAUGCAGAGAAUAGAUCAUCAUUUGCUUAUGACAUUGAUGAUCCUUCAUUUACCAAUUCAUAUUUUCCUGAUCCUUUAACAUCUUCUACUGAGGGAGAAAGUAGUGGCUAUGGAAUGGUAUCAAGGUUUCCUGUCAAUCAUGAAAUCAACUCAAAAAUUUAUUUAUGGAGGGGAAACCCAUGGAGUCUUGAGGUUGAUGCUGUUGUGAAUUCUACAAACGAGAACCUGGAUGAAGCACACAGCAGUCCUGGUCUGCAUGCAGCAGCUGGACCUGGCCUUGCAGAAGAGUGCGCUACACUGGGUGGAUGUCGAACAGGGAUGGCGAAAGUUACUAAUGCGUAUGGCCUCCCUGCUAGGAGAGUUAUACACACAGUCGGUCCUAAGUAUGCAGUGAAAUAUCAUACAGCUGCAGAGAAUGCUUUGAGUCACUGUUAUCGGUCUUGCCUUGAGUUUAUGAUUGAAAAUGGGCUUCAAAGCAUUGCUAUGGGCUGUAUAUAUACGGAGACCAAAAACUAUCCACGUGAACCAGCUGCACAUGUUGCAAUAAGGACAGUUCGGCGUUUUCUUGAGAAGCAAAAAGAUAAAAUCACAGCUGUUGUCUUUUGUACAGCCACAACUACUGAUACUGAAAUAUAUAAGAGAUUGCUGCCACUUUACUUUCCUCGAGACAAACAUGAGGAGGAGGUGGCAAUCUCAAAGCUUCCUGCUGAUGUUGGUGAUGAGAAUGGCGAGACAAUAAUAGAUGAACGUAAAAUCAGAAUAAAGCCUUUACCCAAGAAAACUGUUUCAAAACCACCCCAAGCUGAAGUUGACCUUCCUGUCAGUGAUGUUGGCUUGGUACGAAGAAACUCGUCGUACUUGGAUUCAUAUCUGGAUCCAGCUUUCAUGUCGUUGAUUAAGGAUCCAGAUCAGAGGCGCAAGGAGCAAUGGGAAAAAACUGCUCAAGCGCAGAGUGGAUUUAAUUGUGCUAAAAUGCUUGGAUUUGGUGAUCUUGGUGGUCCGCCAUUAUCUGUUGCUGAAGAGUACUCUCUUCACUCCAGAUACCUUGCUAAAGCAAAUUCUCUUAAUCUUUCUGAGAUUGCAGAGAUGAAAAUUGUUUAUCGUGGUGGGGUAGAUAGUGAGGGCCGUCCUGUAAUGGUUGUUGUCGGAGCACAUUUCUUGCUUCGGUGUCUUGACCUAGAGCGGUUUGUGCUUUAUGUGGUGAAGGAAUUUGAGCCGUUGAUACAAAAGCCUUACACUAUUGUAUAUUUCCAUUCAGCGGCCUCUUUACAGCUUCAACCAGAUCUGGGAUGGAUGAGAAGGUUGCAACAAAUACUUGGUCGGAAACACCAGCGGAACCUGCAUGCUAUAUAUGUUCUUCAUCCUUCUUUUCACCUGAAGGCUACGAUAUUUGCUCUGCAAUUAUUUGUUGAUAAUGUGACCUGGAAAAAAGUGGUAUAUGUUGAUCGGCUUCUACAGCUGUUCAGGCAUGUUCCUCGGGAGCAGUUGACCAUUCCAGACUUUGUUUUCCAGCAUGAUUUAGAAGUAAGUGGAGGAAAGGGUCUUAUUGUGGAUCCCAGAACAAAAUAUGUGUAUCAUCGACCAUAGGGAUUCAUAUGCAGUUCCACUUGGGUGACAACCCUAGUCCACAGAUUGUGGUUUUUCAGUUUUUUGUCCCGCAUUCGGCUCUUCGUUAAGCGGGCAGCUACUGCAUUUGGUGAUAAUAGUGUACAAAUUGUAUCUGAUUUUUCCCUUCUUUUUUUUUUUUUUUCUUUUUAUUUCAGUUGCAUUUGGUGUUAAAAUCUGUACAAAUAGUAUUUCGUUUUUCUUAUUAUUUUUUAUUUGAUUUCUUGAGAGAUAAUGCAUUGGUUUCGAAGUUGGAAAUAAUAAUGUUAGUCUGUAUUAUUUGUUGGUUCUCAAUAAUAAAAGGCAUUUUACCUUA